AUAAUUAAACAGUUCAGCUUGUGAAUUUUUAAGCAUUUCAUAAACGUUAGUUUAUAGAAUAAUUAUUGACAAAAAAUAGUAUUUAACACGUCAAGAGCCACGCCGGGACCGGCGCUAGAAUUUUCUUUUAGGUCACGCAGGCUCCCUAGGGACAUUAUUAACUAACCUUCUAAUAACCUUGUAUUAGCUAACUGUGGCUUGGUGCAUAACCAGUUAAAAAAAAUUAUUCCUGACAACAGUAACUAAUAUAUAAGACUACUCUUGGUGCAUUUACAGAUAAUACCUAUAAUUUUGAAUAUUUUCCAGAAUUAAUCAUGCUCGCCAUUUUGUCAGGUUUAAUUUUAUUUCUAAUUCUAUUACACUGCUGUAUAAGAUAUAGAAGAGCAGGAAGACUUUUAAGUCUUAUACCAGGACCUCAGGAAUAUCCGAUAAUUGGAAAUUUGCAUCACAUACAUAUUGACUUCAAACAUUUACCUGAGAAAUUAUGGAACCUAACUUAUAAGCAUUAUCCAAUUUUCAAAAUAUGGUCCUUCUUUAUUUAUUCAGUUGUUUUACUCCAUCCAGAUGAUAUUCAGCAGCUAUUGAAAAGUAAACAACAUAUUGAAAAAGGAUUUUUGUAUAAACUUAUUAGGCCCUGGCUUUCUUCUGGAUUAUUAAUUAGCAGCGGUGAAAAAUGGCACUUAAGACGGAAGAUGUUAACACCUGCAUUUCACUUUAAUAUCCUUCAACAUUAUUUUACCAAUUUAAUUGACGAAUCGCAAAAUCUUGUUGAAUUUCUGAAAAAAGAGGGAAGUGGAAAUCCCGUUGUCAAAGAUUUAAAAAGUUUUAUCAGCCAAUACACUCUCAACGCAAUAUGCCAAUCAGCUUUCGGUAUUCAACUGAAAGAAAAAAGCGAACUAGAAACUAAAUAUCGUCAUGCCGUUCAUGAGUAUAUUAGAAUUGCUACAUUCAGAUUUACGAAACCUUGGUACAUGCUUGAUAGUAUAUUUAAAUUUUCAUCAUAUGACAGAGUACAAGAAGAGACGUUGAAAACGUUGCAUAGUUUUUCAAGAAAUAUUAUUGAAGAAAGGAAAAGUUUUCACAAACAAACUAAUGGAAAAUAUUUACAAAUCUUUGAAAAUAUUGAAAACGACGACGUUUCUAAUAAAGAUCUGGAGAAGGAUGAUGAGUAUUUGUAUUCUAAGAAAAGACUUUCUCUGCUAGAUCUGCUUAUAGCUGCAUCUUGGAAAGAUAAUCAAAUAGAUGAGGAAGGAAUUCGAGAAGAAGUGGAUACUUUCAUGUUUGGAGGCCACGAGACUACUGCAAGUGCACUGAUCUUUACUUUGAGUCUUUUUGCUAAGCACAAAGAUGUCCAGGCAAAUAUAAGAAACGAGGUUAGAACUAUUAUGCAAGAUGAUAAUUUGACGAUAUCAUCAGUUUCAAACCUUUCCUAUUUGGAAAGGUGUAUAAAAGAAUCUCUUCGUUUGUAUCCACCCGCCUUUUUUUUAUCUCGGCAAAUUUGUCACGAUAUGCAACUAAAACAAUAUUUAAUUCCAUCUGGUACGAUCUGUGUAAUAGAUAUUCACAAUGUACACAGAAAUCCAGAAUAUUGGCCAAAUCCAGAUGUUUUCGAUCCGGACAGAUUUUUACCGGAAAAUACUAAAAAACGUCAUCCUUACUCUUACAUACCAUUUAGUGCGGGGCCAAGAAACUGUAUUGGUCAAAAGUUUGCAAUGCUUGAGCUUAAACUCUUCGUUGCUUUUAUAUUGUACAAUUUUGAGUUGGAACCGGUGGAUAAUUUAGAUGAUGUUAAAUUUAUGGCUGGUAUCACUCUUUCCUCGUCUAAACCACUUCAAGUGAGAUUCAUACCAAUUACAUAAGUAUUUUUAUAUUGUACAUUUUAUCCUUCACCGAGGAAGAACAAAUUCAAUAUAGUUGUAAAGAAUUUUUUCGUAA